AAAAGUGAUCUCAUUCGGAUCGCGAGACGGCACCUGGCGGCCGCAAAACCGCCUUCCACAACUGCACGGCGCUGCGAGUUAGCCCGUUAGCAAUCCAUUGUCCGACUUCGUGCCUCUCACUCCCCCCAUACUCAGCAUGGCAGCUACCGGCCCUGUCAAACCGGGAGGUGGGCACAUUGUCAAAUUUGUGGGGCACGAUGCCAUCGGACUGCCCGUGAAGCGCAAGCAAGUCCAUCAAGCAUGUCUCCCAUGUCGGAAGCGGAAGAAACGCUGUCGCCAUGUUGAAGAUUCCAUCACAGACACUCUACCAACAGACGACCCCGACCAGGAACCAAGCCAUGGCGUUACCAUCAACGGCGGGGAACGACGGAGCAAAGUCCAACGCCAUACCGCUGCUACCGAUAGGGACACGUCCGAUGCCGCCGCCCAACUGCUCCGCUUCUUCCAUCAUGCCUCAGACACGGCGGCUAGUAGCAGCCCUGAGGAGGACCAGACGCAGCAGCCCCGGCCGAUGUCCCCGGCGCCGCCAUUCCUCGGAGAUCUCAACCCCGAAGGCAUCCUCAUCGAAGCCACCAUGGCCCCAUCCAGGAAACCCCCGCCAGCAGAUGAAGAUCCGGAGCAUCAGGUGCUUGGCUUCUUGCCGCCAACCUCUCCUCGAGGGCCUACUAGUAGAGGGCCACCGACCCGGCGGCACUCCACGGCAUGCACCGGUAGCCCUCAACUAGUCGAAGAAGCAUCCGGCCCGUUUUUCUCAGUCCCGCGCGAAGAUGGCACGAGCCUCACGAUACACGUGCAGGACACGGCCAAAUUCGCAGCCAUCGCCCAAACCCUCGUCAACCGCGGGCUCGCCGACAAGGUGAUGCCCUCGGACACGGAAUGGCGAGCCUUGAGAGACGUGUAUCUGCUUAAGAUCCAGCCCAUCUUUCCCAUUUACGAAACUUCCUGUGUUGUGGACCUGCCGAAAGAAACCGGCUUGCGAGAGCUCAUCCAAGGAUCCAUUUGCCUCGCCGCAGCCACCGACCCAGAUGCUCGCAGCCUGUUAACUUUCAAGUCUUUUGCGCAAGGAUCGAAAACGCAGCGCGUGGUAUCCUUCGACGAAUAUUCGCGAGAGAUGGCCAGCUUCAUCAAUAAACGCCUUGUCGAGCUACAAGAGAGCCGCCAAAUUCCCCUCACCGACCAAAUUCAAGUCAUGGCUCUGACCUGCUUUUACUGGCAGCCGGCGAGCCCCACUGAGAGGUUCGAACCAUUGACCUUGUACGCCAAGCUUGUCAGCAUGGUACAUACCCAUGGCGUGCAUCAAGGGAUUCUGGCGAGCGCCGCCGCCGAAGGCAGCGUAGAAGGACGAGGGAGGAGGCUCUUCAAGUGCUUAUAUGCCCUCGACCGACUGGUGGGCGCCAUAUCUGCGCGGCCACUCAUGUUUCAUAACGUCGACUUGAUACAGGUCCCUCGUCCACACCCCGAGGACUCGCCUAUCUUCAGGCUCUUCAUAUCUCUGAUCCUUGUUCUCGAUCAAGUAAUCGAGAUGUACCGACCGCGACCCAAGUUUAGCUGUGUCGACAUACCCGUCUUCGAGCGCAUGGCCAUUGAAGCUGGGGCGCAGUGUGAACCGGAAAUCCUCCUUGUCACACUCGAAGUACUCUACCAUGCCAUCGGCGUCCUCUCGGUCCGCAUGCCUCGGCACCGUUUUCGAACGGCUCCAGAAUGCGACACCCCCCAGGGGCCGCCUACGCAGCAUUUACCGCCCAGCGGCAUGAAUGCCCGCAGAUCACAUUCCUCCGAUCGAAUUCUCGACAUUAUCAAGGAUUACAAACUCAGCCCAAUGCCCUUUGUACCGUACGCCAUAACGCUGUCUCUAAGUGUGGCGUACCGUAAGUGGCGCUUCAGCCAGCUUCCCGUGUUUCGGACCAGGGGUGGCGCCGACUUCAAAAAGGUGCUUCCUGUGGUGCAGGAAUUAGGCGCCAUAUGGAGCAGUGCCCGGAUCAACGGACAACUUGGACAAGCUGUCAUGUUGAAGCUGGAUCGCAGUGAGAUUUUGAAGAGGAACAGAAAACGUGCGAAGAAAACCGCCGAAGCCUCUGGAGCCAAGGGAGGACGAAAUGGAGAGCUUCGUGGAGCGGAAGACCAAGAGGCAUCGACCGGAGGUCUCGGUGGUGUUCGAGGUGAAGAUGUCACGCAACCCCCUGUGGCAAAUCCUGCGCCGACACCUAGUAGCAGCACUACUCCUCCUGGAGCGCCUUCUAGUCCAGUUAUGUCCCCUGAACCGAGCCAAACGACUCAAGCCCAGGGUGCCCCGAACAUAACCCUAGGACCAUCAACCAGUCUUCGGGCACCUCUGCCCUCACCUGCAGCUUCAUGUCUCACUGAGAGACAACAACCACAAUCUCUGCCCCUCACUUGGACUACCGCCUGGACUGCCGACAAUCACAACAGCAACUUACCCACUGGCCAACCAUGUUCCGCACCACCCAAUGACAACAUCCCCCGACCAAACACGACUCAACAGCCAGAAGUCCCCCUCAUUCACCACUGCAACCAGCCAGACGACCCCAUUCCCUUACCGGGGGAUUUGCUAACCCAGUCGGGUCCCCACGACACGCCGCCGCUGGCGGGACUGUCGGAUGGCAGCCUCGAAGACUUCUUGGUUGACGACGACGCUCUGUUUCGGUCGUGGGACCCGCGGUUUGCUCAGUCGGUUGAUUGCUCCUUCAGCAGUAUUUUAGACCCGGGCAAUCCUUUUGCUUGGCCGGAGUAUUGUAAUUACGAGUGAGUUGCGGGGGUCUCCUGGGGCAUGACUCGGAGAACCGGAUGUCUACGGCGCUACAAAGGGGAAAGAGGGGGGUGGAGGUGGCAUGGUGUACGAUUGAACGCAAUGUUGUGAACGGAUCGCAAUUAUUUGACAGGCAU